AUGGUUAUUAUAGAACUCCCACGACUGCCGAAACUUUCAGUUCCAAGAUUUCGCGAGAAAAAGGAAGCUGUUCGAAAUAAGAAACUUAAGAUGGCAAAGCCCAGCGAAAUAACAGACGAGAACUCUCUGCUUAAAAAUAUGCCAUUUAAGCCAGAGAAAAAGCACUUAUGCAAAUACUUCGUAAAGAACGCGUGCAUCCGAGGAAGCAACUGCACGUUCUCCCACGAUCUGUCAAAGUUCCCCUGCAAGCUCUUCCACAUAAAGAAGAAUUGCAGAAGAAAGAACUGCCAGUUCUCGCACGCUCCCAUUUCCGAGGAGGAGGUGAAGCUGCUGGUCUCUGAUGGAUGGGAGCUUGAAAAGGAAGAAAAAGAGGAAGUUUUUAUUUCUCCUUUCUUGUAG